CGGGUCUUUGUCCGCCGGCCCCGCCGGCCCCGCUUUGUUCCCCGCGCUGGUCGGCUGGGGGGCGCCGCCGAGCAGCCCACCGCGCAGCGCUGGCGUCGUCCUCGUCCCCUUCGCCGCCCCCCGCGCGCGGCCGGGCCUUGCCCCCCAUGGUCUCCCGGCCCGAGCCGGAGACCGAGGCCAUGGACGCGGAGCUGGUGGUGACGCCGCCGGGCUGCUCGCACCUGAGCAGCUUCAAGGUGGACAACUGGAAGCAGAACCUGCGGGCCAUCUACCAGUGCUUCGUGUGGAGCGGCACGGCGGAGGCUCGCAAGCGCAAGGCGAAGUCGUGCGUCUGUCAUGUCUGCGGCGUCCACCUGAACCGGCUUCACUCCUGCCUGCACUGUGUCUUCUUUGGCUGCUUCACAAAGAAACACAUCCACGAACAUGCCAAGUCCAAGCGGCACAACCUGGCCAUAGAGCUGAUGUAUGGUGGCAUCUACUGCUUUCUGUGCCACGACUACAUAUAUGACAAGGACAUAGAAAUCAUCGCCAAAGAGGAGCAGCGCAGAGCUUGGAAACUGCAAGGCGUUGGGGAGAAGUUUUCAACUUGGGAACCUACCAAACGGGAGCUGGAACUACUGAAGCACAACCCGAAAAGGCGAAAGAUCACCUCCAACUGCACCAUAGGUCUGCGAGGGCUGAUCAACCUUGGCAACACCUGCUUCAUGAACUGCAUCGUCCAGGCGCUCACCCACACGCCGCUGCUGCGAGACUUCUUCCUCUCUGAUAGGCACAGGUGUGAGAUGCAGAGCCCCAGCUCCUGUCUGGUCUGCGAGAUGUCGUCGCUUUUUCAGGAGUUCUACUCGGGGCACCGCUCCCCCCACAUCCCCUACAAGUUGUUGCACCUGGUGUGGACUCAUGCACGGCACCUGGCGGGGUACGAGCAGCAGGACGCGCACGAGUUCCUCAUCGCUGCCCUGGAUGUCCUGCACCGACACUGCAAAGGUGAUGAUAAUGGGAAGAAGGCCAACAACCCCAACCACUGCAACUGCAUCAUCGACCAGAUCUUCACGGGUGGGCUGCAGUCCGACGUCACAUGCCAAGUCUGCCAUGGAGUGUCUACCACCAUAGACCCCUUCUGGGACAUCAGUUUGGAUCUGCCUGGCUCUUCCACCCCAUUCUGGCCCCUGAGCCCCGGGAGCGAGGGCAGCGUGGUGAACGGGGAAAGCCACGUAGCGGGAACCACUACGCUCACGGACUGCCUGCGAAGAUUCACGAGACCGGAGCACUUAGGGAGCAGUGCCAAGAUCAAGUGCAGCGGCUGCCACAGCUACCAGGAGUCCACAAAGCAGCUCACCAUGAAGAAACUGCCCAUUGUAGCCUGUUUUCAUCUCAAACGAUUCGAGCACUCGGCCAAGCUGAGGCGGAAGAUCACUACAUAUGUGUCCUUUCCCCUGGAAUUGGACAUGACCCCCUUCAUGGCGUCCAGCAAAGAGAGCAGGAUGAACGGACAGUACCAGCAGCCAACAGACAGUCUCAACAAUGACAAUAAGUACUCCUUGUUUGCUGUAGUUAACCACCAAGGGACCCUGGAGAGUGGCCACUACACCAGCUUCAUCCGGCAGCACAAGGACCAGUGGUUCAAGUGUGACGAUGCCAUCAUCACCAAGGCCAGCAUUGAGGAUGUGCUGGACAGUGAGGGAUACCUGCUGUUCUACCACAAACAGUUUCUGGAGUAUGAGUAGCCUUACCUGCGGCUGGUCCCCAUAAAUGAAGGCGAUGAGUUGGCCAGCCUCCCAAGGUGAUCUCCGCCUUCCCCGACUUCAUGAAGCCACCCCACCACCACAGAAGUGCCCCCGAGAGCAUCGGAUUCCCCUGUAGCCUGGGCCCAGCUGCGGCCACAUGGGUGCCCAGGAUCACGGCGUCCGCGUGCACGAGCGCUGCUCUCCGAAGGAGGCUCCGGGACCUGCGCAGCGGACGCAGCGACAUGGGGGGAUGUGCCCUGCGUGGGGAGGGGCCCCGGGGGUGCGUCCCUGGGCGUCUGCUGUGCUCCUCGAGACCACGUGCGGCGGGGGUGGGGGGAGCAGCGGGUCCCGGGGCUGCGGCUUGGCUGCGUGACAGAGCAGUUUAAAAAGGCGCCAACCCGGUUUUCUAUCAUGGGUCUAUUAAAACAGUGAAAUACAGGAGCCAAAGACGUGGUGUGAGGACAGAGGACUUUGUGCGCACCUUCCUCGCUGCGGGUUUAGUAUCAAACAUAGAUAGCGUGCAACUUAGACUGCGUCUGCUCAGCAGAUAGAGGAACGCCCCCACCCUCCCACCCCCACCGAGCCCGCGGAACCGAGGACUCCAGCGGGUUCCCAAGCUCGUCUGUUGCGCAGAUCACUUAGCACCCAACUGCAUGUGGAGGUGUCAGCCCAGGUGGUCUCUCUUGGUUUUGUUUGUUUUUUGGUUUUUUUUUUUUUUUUUUUUUUUUUUUU